CAGGCAUCAAAGUGUCUGUCACAUAUGAUAUGUCCUUCUAACCUCUUCUUACCCUCCGACUAACCUGACAUAUAAAUUCAAUUGUCAAUCGACGAGGUACAUCCAAUCACGCUCUGUAUCACGCUUGAAAAUCCCUUCACGCCAAGAGAUAAAAGAAGGGAUCUUUCAUCAGCGAUUGUCAUAUCCUCGGUUGUUGUCCUGGGAUUCUGGCUUGACUUUACAGGAGCUUACGUUCGUCGUCUGGGUCCUGUUAUGUAAAUACCGACCGACAAUCUGCUCAUGAAUGCCUGAUCAGCCUUAAAACGAAGAGCUACCCGGGAAUUCCAACGCAACGGAUGAGGGUGGGUGCGCAGAGCAGAGCAUCAUCCGCAAACAUAUCAAUCGAAAAGAACAGAACUCUGAGAAAUAAGAUCUUGAAGCUUGCUCACAAACAUUACUAUCUGAACGCUCGUACUCGUCCUCUCAGAACUUGAUUGGUUCGAAAACCUCUUACAAUUAUCAAAUAUGAGCAAAUUCUACUUUGGUGGAGGAUCGGGUGAUGUUUCCUCAGACGAUGAGGACAAUCUUCCAUAUCCCGAAGCCCUUCCCCGAUCCGAUUUCUUGGCUCCAACUUUUGAUGCACCGACUUAUCUAUCUACAUUAUCAGAUCGUCACCAGACUCUCGAGGAUUUACGUUCCGACCUUCGUGAGCGUUCACAGGGUCUUUCAAAAGAAUUAUUGGAUCUGGUAAAUACCAAUUAUGAGCAAUUUCUAAGCUUGGGCUCGGACCUUAAGGGUGGAGAAGAGAAGGUUGAAGAUGUUAGAGUGGGCCUAUUAGGUUUUAAAAGAGGUGUUGAGGAUGUAAGAGGGAAGGUUAGGGAAAGGAAAUUGGAAGUUGAGGGUCUUCUUGAUGAGAAGAAAAGUGUUACUAAGGAAAUAGCUCUGGGAAGAAAAUUGCUCGAGGUUGAUUCGCGACUCGAAGAGCUGGAGGAUAGGUUAAUGGUUGCAUCCCUUGGUCGGUCACCAAAUGGGCUUGAAGAUUCUUGGAGUGAAGAUGAAGAAGAGGAUGAGGAUGAGGAUGAAGGUGAUCUUGCUAUUGAUGGCGUUGUCAAUGGAACAAGUACGAAAAGGCUUCAAAGAUUUGUGCUAGACUAUCGUAACGUUGAGCACCUGUCAAUCACGAUCGGAUUGGAUCAUCCGUUCAUCGCAGCUCAGCAACCUCGGUUACUACGACUGAAGAACACCAUUGUUCUGGACCUGAACAAUGCUUUGAAGCAAGCAAUGUCUUUAAAAGUAGAAGGUAGACCGCGGCUGGUCAAGAUCAUGGGCAUAUACCGCGAUUUGGGAGCUGGCGAUGAAGCGGUAAAGAUAUUGAGAGAUGUCAAAUCAACAUAGCAGUUGAACCAUGUAUUGUAUAGCUCCA